CAUCCUCUGCCCCCCGCAUCCCCCUAAUCCCUCAUCCUCCCCGUUCCGUUCCCCCCCUCCCGCCCCGCCCGGCUCCUCCCGGCGGCCCCGGCGGCCGCUGCCCCCACCCCCAGCCGCGGGCCCAGCUCCAUUCCCGUGCCCGCCGCGUGGUGCCGGGAUGCCGCAGGGCCCGGUACGGGUGCUGCGCUUGGGGCUGCGGCCCUACCCCGAUGCGCUGCGGGUGCAGGAGCGCUGCGUGGCGGCGGCGCGGGCGGCGCGGCCCCGCGGGGCUCCGGGGGAGAGCCUGGUGCUGAGCGAGCCGGCCCAGCCCGUGUACACGUGGGGGCUGCGGGGCGCGCCGGGGGCGGCGGCGGCGGCGCGGCUGCGGGCGCGGGGCGCGGGGCUGGUGGCGGCGCGGCGCGGCGGCCACGUUACGUUCCACGGGCCCGGGCAACUCGUGGCCUUCCCGGUGCUCGACUUGCGCCGCCGCCGCCUCCCGCUGCGCCGCUACGUGCAGGCCUUGGAGGAGCUGGGCCUGAGGCUCUGCCGCCGCCUCGGCCUCGGCGCCGCUCGCGCCCUCCCGCCGCCUUUCACCGGCGUCUGGAUGGGAGACAGCAAGAUCUGCGCCAUCGGGGUGCACUGCGGGAACCACAUCACGUCGCACGGGCUGGCGCUGAACUGCUGCACCGACCUCAGCUGGUUCGAGCACAUCGUGCCCUGUGGGCUGGAGGGGAAAGGUGUCACCUCGCUGAGCCAGGAGCUGGGCCGGCACGUCACCGUGGAGCACGUCCUCGAGCCCUUCCUCGACUCCUUCCGGGAGGUCUUUGACUGCACCUUGGUCUUCUCAGAGGACCCCGGGGACUAAGAGAGCCACGAUGGGUUUUGUGGCAAACUCUUGUGUCCUGGUGUCAAGGCAUGAAAGGAUGAACCUGGGUGAUGGAGCCACUUGGGGCUUUAUUGCAAGACUUUUGUGCCUUUGCCUAUGAUGGUACAGAGAGGUUCAGGCUGUUGUUUAAACAUCCAAACCUCCAUCAGGGCUGCUGUCCCCAGCCCCAUGGGUCUCCAUCCGUCAGCUGAGACCUCCAUGGGUACCACAUCCCCAUCGCUCGCUGGGGAGAUGCUGAAAUAGGUGCUUUUGUGGGUUUAUUUCUGCCUCUUGCCUCCUCAAUAUCCCAGAUUUGGGUGGACACUCACACACCGUAUGGAUAAGAAAAGGGUCGAGCAUCCUUCCCUCACCACUGCAUAAAGGGGCAGAUUGUCUAUAAAGAGAGUUGCUGGGAACUUCA